AUGCGUUUCCUCUCCAUGCUCGGCCUCGCGGCCGUGGCCGUCGCCCAGUUGACGACCUCCUCCCUCGAGAAGCACGUCGACUCCGUCACGCUCAGCAAGUCCUUCAACCCCAUCAAGGAGGCCUACUGGACCGGCCUGCCUCACCACCGCCGCACUCCGUUCGCCGUCUCCCCCGACGGAAAGUCGGCCUACCUCGCCUACCUCGACUCCUCCGAGACGGGCGUCCACAUCCAGCCCGUUGACCCCACCACCUUCGCCGCCACCGGCGACCUCGUCACCAUCGACGGCGGCAAGGAGGCCGGCGGUCUCGUCGCCCACAACGACGGUUUCGCCAUCCUCACCAACGAGGCCCUGUCCGGCGUCAAGGACCCCGUCGCCGUCAUCUACCGCUACACCAACGGCAAGCAGACCUUCAAGACCUACCUCGGCGGCCCCGAUGUCGAUGAUGGCCAGGCCAUGAUGUCCCCAGACAUGAACGGUGACCUCGUCUUCUCUGAGAAGGCCGGUUACUACGCUGCUUACAUCGUCGUCACCGCCUACGAGGGCUCUGCCACCGGCCACUUCGGCGAUGCCAUCCGCUACGUCGACACCGCCGGUAAGCUCACCAAGAUCGCCGGUGCUUCUUCCUCCUGGGGCUGCUCCCACAACACCGGUAUCGCCUUCGAGGAGGCCGACGCUCCCCCCUUCGCCUCCAUCUGCGCCGAGGACCAGGGUGCCAUCUGGCUCAACACCAAGACCCAGGGCAUGACCAGCGACGGCGUCAAGAUCUCCAACGAGCACGUCAUCAACGGCGGUGCCAACGAGGCCAUGGGUGGCAUGUCCGGCUCCUACUCCUCUCUGGCCCGCUUCGUCGGCGCCGACUCUUACAUCUUCUCCUGGGUCUCCCGUGGUGCCAUGGACCUGACCGCCAACGAGUGGAUGGGCGCCGGCUACACCACCUCCAAGAACCGCACCAACAACCGCAACGUCGCCAUCGCCCUCUUCUCCGACAAGAACACCCUCGUUGGCGACCAGGCCACCUCCCAGGUCGGUUCCGCCGACGGUGACAAGCAGGUCAACUGGAUGACCUCUGGCGCCAACGACUGCUCCAACGCCCACGCCGCCGCCUUCGACGCCUCCAAGGCCCUCGUCACCUGGGAGGAGAUCUCCAACCCCAUCUGCGAGUUCGACGCCAUGGGCUGCAAGGGUACCUUCGCCGGCACCAAGUUCCAGAUGGUCGGCAGCGACGGCAAGAAGGUCGGUGAGGCCAUCUCUGCUGAUGACACCUACGUCGCCGGUGACAUGGUCACCAUGUCCGACGGCCGCAUCUGCUGGCCCUACGUCGCCAUGGACUGGAAGCUCGACGGCCCCGCCCAGGGCUCUGCCGUGAGCAAGAUCUCCUUCGCUUGCAUGAGCGGUGGUGCCGGCUCCGGCUCCGGCGGCAACGCCUCUGCUGCCCCUUCUUCCGCGAUCCCCGCCUCCACCGCCGUCGCCGCCGCUCCCUCCACCACCGAGGCCGUCGACGCCGUCGCCUCCUCCGGCGCCGCUGACCCCACCUUCCCCGCCGGCACCGCCCCCGAGCCCAUCUUCGAGACCAUCUCCGGCUCCGUGACCCCCAGCGCCAGCGCCCCUGCUGCCUCCGCCCCGGCCGCCGCCCCUUCUUCCGCCGCUGCCUCCGCCUCCGUCCCUGCUGAGGCCCCCGCUGCCUCUUCCGCGGCCGCCUCCUCCUUCUCUGCCCCGGCUGGUGCCCCUGAGCCUUCCUUCGUCACCAUCUCCGCCGACCCCGUCUCUUCUUCCGCCCCUGCCGCCACUCUCCCCGUCGAGACCAUCCCCGACGCCCCCGCUACCACCGUCUCUGACCAGCUUCCCGAGACCACCGCGCUCCCCUCCAAGACGCGCACCAAGAAGCACACCCGCACUCGCAAGGGCCCCAAGCCCACCGGCGGUGCCUCGCGCCCCAGCGGCAAGUGCAACACCCGCACGACCAUCCACACCGUCUACGUUACCAAGCGAUAA